CACCCGAGUAAACAAACCUUAAAAGAAAGAAAACCAACAUUAUUUUAUGUCAAACUGGCCAAUAACAUUUAUUUUCAGUUAUGUUAUCCAGUCUCCUCACUUCAUUGACUUGAACACUUUAUAUAUCCCAUGACCGAAAAAUUAACCCCACAUUUUCUAAAUCUAAAACAUAAAAAAAAGUACAAAACUUCCUCAUCAUCAGCAUCAAAAACUCUACUUGUUACUCUUUUAUAGUUUCCUUCUCCAAAAUUAAAAAUCAACUUCAUUUCAUAAUUUAUACUUCGAUUAUCCAUGGAUAUGCCGGAUUAUUACAAUCCGGCUACCGGCGCUUCUAAAUCCCCGAGGAGUAGCACCCUCCAAGGACCCCGGCCAGCCCCUUUAAAAGUCCGGAAAGACUCACACAAGAUCAGAAAGCCACCAGUUCCUCCGCCACAACAUCCGGCGGUGCCAUCUGCUCCGCCGCGGCCUCCGGUGAUCAUAUACACCGUUUCUCCCAAGGUAAUCCAUGCAAACCCUAAUGAGUUCAUGACUUUAGUACAGCGUCUCACCGGUCCAGAUCACUCCACUACAUCAUCAUCUAUGGUCACAUCCACAGAAGAGAAUUCGGCAGCAUUUUCGGGUUUCCAAGAGUUCGUUGGGGUCGGGGCUUUGUCGCCGGCGGCAAGGUUUGCGUCCAUAGAAAACGCCAAGUCGCCGCCGGGGAGGAAACCGGCCAAAAUGAAUGAAAAUGAGGUAGAGGAUGAUAUCUUGGCUGGGCUAGAAAGAUCAAGUGGGCUGUUUCCGGGAAUCUUAUCACCAAAUCCAGCUUCCUUACAACCAAUUCCUUCGAAUUUCUUCUCCCCACUACCAUCAGAUCCUCAUAAUCAAAACCCUCUAGGGUUUUUCCAUGAUUUUAGCCCUGUAUUACACAACAACAAACAUUACUUAGAAGGUAGCUUCUUUUACAGUCCUUCCACUUUCAUUUCACCUAGAAUAGCCUCCCCAAAUACACCAAAUCUUGAUUUAUUCAACAACAAUAUUUUUGAUCUUUGACUUCAUAUCUAUGUUUAUGUGUAUUGAUUUGAUUAACCCCAUAUAUACACAUAGAUUUUUUAGGAGGAAAAUUCUUCUCAGGAUUACUAGAUUGGUAUAGAAUUCGUUGAUCUUGGUCAGAUUGUCUGCCUUUGGAGCUGCUAGCUUGAAGAAGAAAGGGCACAAAUGGGAUUUCACUAGGUAGCAAAGUCAUCUGUUGUAGAGGAGAAUACGUAAUUUUAUUUUGUCCUUGUAUUCAUUAUAGUUUUUUGGUUGGAAGUUUUUAGAUUACAUUUGUUUAGAUAGAAUUAUAUAAUACAUUGCCACAAUUUAUGCAAUUUGGCAACAAUACAACUCAUUCAAAUAAAAAUUUAUUGAUAUAUAUGUCUUGUUUUAUUUUCUUAUACACAA